AUGGGUGGUAGUGUUGGAGCGAGGAGUGAGUACCAUCCGUUAUACUGGAAGCAUUUCUCCACCCAAAACCAGUAUCCAAAUGCAAUGGCGCACGCCAAUCCCAUGGACGGCAAUGCGCCGAUAGACCAAGGCGGCGAUAAGAAAAGAAGAUCCAUUGUUAACACCAGGGCCGGAAUGGCAUGGAAUCCAAUAUCUGUGGCCAUGAAACACUUGUCUCAGUAUUCUGACUCAAAAGGAACAUACCCCUGGGAUUUCCACGGAACGAAAGAGAGAAAUUGUAACCCCAACACUCACCCGCCGCUGUCGACAAUUCCACCCAUUCAGGCUUCACAAGCCGUGUAUCAAUCUGUACGAAAUACCUUGUUAGGUGGGUUUGAUACGGCGGCUGGGGAUAUCGCGAGUGGAGCUUACAAUUCUCAAGCCCCAGUAGAGGAUACUGAUCAACACCUCCAUCGGUGCGCUACAUACCAGAAGCAUGUUCUUGAGGGCAAAGAGACGCGACGACAGCAGGAGGUCCGCGGCGAGGCCUACCAGACUUGUCAAGGUAGCCAUGGAGAGACCAAUAAUGGUCAGGUACUGGAAAUGCCAUCCGUAGGCCUCGUUUCUUAG